UACGAAUCGUUGCUCUGUGCGCACGUAUUUCGCAAUUUGCAAUCGCGUAUUCAAUAUCGCAAUCACAAACACAAACCACGCAUUCGACAAAUACAAAACAAACGAAAUACAAUACAAACACUUUUGCUUGUUUGCGCACUUACCUACACGCAAUUCAUCGUAAAAAAACAGUAAAAAGCAAAAUUAUUCGCUAUAUCUUUUGAAGUUGUAGCAAAAAGAGCUGGGGUUUGACACAGACAGGUAGAAUCCGACUUUCACCUGGACGCCGACCGCGCUCGGCCACACUUCAAGUUGUAUAAUUGUAUAAUUGCGAAUGGUGCUACGGCCGUGCCACGAAAUGUCUCCGACGAUGGCACAUGUGGCGCGCUGUUAACACCCAACCACAGCUCGGGAUCAUAAAUCAAAUUCACACCCUGUGCGCCUGUGCGAAUCAAAUUUUCAAAUUGUGAUGUGACUCAAUCGGCAGUGUUUUCGUCAAAAAAAUCAUCGCCCUCGCUGCUAAUACGGCCCUGCGUGCUGGUUUCCUGAGGUCUUCCCACGAACGUGAAGCAAAACGGCCGCAUGGUGAUACUAUUACACAGUUGUUUCGGUUUCAAGUGCGUUAAAGUGCGAAUUCGCGAGUUAUUCUUGAGUAUAUUUCGUUUUCGAUUGCGGUUGCGUUGAGGUUGAGAUUGCGCUGAGUUUGUGUGUGUCGUGCGGGCAGGCUACCUCCAAAUCGAUACACCCAGGCGCAGUCAGCAGGCUGCCGGCGCAGUGUUGCCAACUCUACUUGAAAACCCACCAACAGUGCAGAAAAUUGAAAAAGAAAACAAAGCAGGAAAUUUUGUUUUUGAUGUAAUACCAACAUAAAAAACAUUAUUGUGAUUCAGUUUUAAUUCCAAAGUGACUACGCAUCAGGAGAAACAUUUUCAAAGGUUAAGUUUAAUAUUAAACGAAGCGCGCAGGUUUUAUGCGCUUUCCGCUCAUUCUUUCGGAGAUUUUACACGGAUCCAAGCAAAGGGGGAUGGUGUACCUGUUGGCGGAUUGGGGUAUGGGAGAAUCUGAAUUGCGCACCAGCAUUAGCCGUCUGAACGCGACGACAGCGACGGUGACGACGACGCUGAGCGCCGCGCACAACAACCACCUCCACCAUCAUCAGCAAUUGCUGUCAGCGGCGGGCACCACCAGCUCCACCACCACCACAACCACCACUGGACAUCAUGAUGAUCUCAACGAGGUGGAUCUACAUCCGCUCAGCAAUCAGGUCGGUGGUCACACACGCCUUAUGGUUCUGAACCCGAAUACCAUCUGCAAGCCUCUGAACUAUCGCGAGUUGGAGUUCUAUCAGAACAUUCAGGAUCAGGACAUCAAAAUGUUUGUACCGAAAUACAAAGGGGUAAUGCAGGCGACGUUGUGUAGCGGCAAGAUGGAGAAACGAUACUCGCCCAGUUUCCGCGAUGACAACGCCGUGGUUGCUGCACAGGCACCCAGUGGACGCUCCAAGAGCGGCUACAAGCGUAAACGCGAAGAAGUGCUCAAGAUGCGCGUGCAUCACUCGGGCAACCCCAAAGAAGUGUUGAAAUCCAUCUCGCAAAGUGAUAACACCAACAAGCAGUACUUCCUCAUGCUGGAGAACAUAACAGCCUCCUAUAUGCAUCCGUGUAUCUUAGACUUGAAAAUGGGUACACGCCAACAUGGGGACGAUGCCUCCGCUGAGAAACGCAGUAAGCAGAUGGCCAAAUGCGCGGCUAGUACAUCAGCAUUUGGGGUGCGUCUCUGUGGGAUGCAAGUAUACCAGGCUGAUUCUGACUACUAUCUGAAGAAGGAUAAAUACUGGGGUCGUGAACUGAAUGAAGAUGGCUUCAAAAGUGCUCUUGUUCGGUUCUUUGACAAUGGAUACGGUUUGCGAACGUAUGUCAUCAAGAAGGUCAUAAACAAAUUGGAACAAUUACGAAGAGUAAUCGAAAAACAAGGCAGUUAUAGGUUUUACUCUUGUUCGUUGUUGAUUGUCUACGAAGGCAAUGGCGGCGUACCUCUAUUGUCACUCAAAAAACAACCAUGUUGUUCAAGUUCUCCACUGCAGUAUCUUGUAAAUGACUGCACGCAGGAAUCGGACAACUCGCGUGAUGUGCCCUGUUAUUACGACGCGGAUACAAGCAACUCUUCGUUAGAUUUGUCCCAUGAAGAGGUGUCGCAGGAUUCGCAUCAUCGUGGUUUUGGUGAAGCGGCCGCACGCGGUGCAAAUUCUUCCUUUUUCCCUAUCUCCGAAGAGACAAUGUUUCUCGAUUCCCCUCCUAUAUUACAACCAGGCGGACGUCUUUCCACAUCGCCCGUGGAAAGCUGGAUGAUUUAUUCCAACAGUAGCAGUGAUGAGUAUUCUUUAAGUGGGCAGUUUAAUGGUCUUACUUCGGACGAUACUUCAGAUUUUGAGCUCUCCUCACCGCCACCUCCUUCUAAUCUUAAGAAUACCCUUCAUUUUGAAGAUUUGGAGCUUGAGGAUGAAGACGAUGAGGAAUUGACACCCACAGUCACACAUAAAAGUGUACCGAAACGAUUACGAGUGAAGGAUUCCACUGUGCCAGGGACUCCCGGCGCGAGUUGCAGUCAAUUGCAACUUCAAACUGAUCGUGCAAAGCGUCAUUCCAGGUCGCGGUCGCGGUCUCCCACGCCGAUUCAAGUGGAUGUUAGGAUGAUUGACUUUGCGCACACAUCCUUUGUCACCAAAUCGGAUAUUAGUUCUAGUGCGGGGACGACGACGGUACAUCAUGGCCCCGAUGGCGGUUUUCUUACUGGUUUGGAUAGCAUGAAGCGACUGCUUUUGGAGAUCAUGCAUGAGGGUUGAACUGGUCACGGAGUGAAUACAGAACAUGACAAGACAACGAAAUGCUCACUGCUCGCUGGUGAGCAAUGGGACGCUUCGGAAUUGGUUACCAGAAUUGAGAUCGGCACUGAGAUGUGUAACGAAUUUAGAAAGUACUUGCAACUACUCUAACCCUUGUUACCAGCCAUUCGUUGUUGCUGUUGUUGUUUACUAUAUUUAGCAGACCAAAACGACGCUCACUAAAUAUUUAUAUUAAAAUCCAAAUAGUGAUACAGAACUAUCGUAACAUAUUGAACAUAAUGACGGGCACACGGAAAUGGCUGCCGUUUAAGAAACGAAUUCAUUAGUGCAGUGGCACUGCAUAUCACUUUAGACUUGAGGGCGAGUGAAACAAAGACAGAAAUUGAUACAAUAAAUACAAUCCUUUAAAGAAUGAAAUUAAAAAACAAACAAUAAUUAGACUCUAAGCAUCGCCCACGUGGUCGAAUGCCGAACCGAUGCGAACAAUAAGGCCGUACGAAGCAGAAUAUAAUCUUAGCAAUCACUAUGAUAUAGUGUGUUGAAUUUGGCAGAUUCUCUUUUUUUUUCAUUUUUGAUUCAUUCUCGUUCAUUAUAGAGAGGAGCUGUGCGACCGGAUGUGAAACAAAGUUGUUUAUAAUGACUGCCAUUAGUACUUUGUAAAUAAUGACCCUUAGUCUUUAUCCUGGACGUAGUCUACUAAAAUAACGCUGAGAGAAAAACAUAAUGAAAAAAGACACCUGAAUUGUAGCUAGGCAUUGUGCAAAGAAUAUUUUUAGACACAACCACAUUACUCUUACUAAUCUAACCUAGACACUAAACUAGAAUUAUUCAUCGUUUCAUACACAACACAUGCAAAUGAUUAAUUUAUUAUUUUUCUAUUGAUUUCUUUUAUAAAUCGUAAAUUUUUGACGCGAUGUGCAAUUGACGUUGUAGGCGUUUAUCAUGUUUAUAACAAAUUCGAAUGGCGCGGGAGGAAAGAACAGUAUUUUAUUUGUACAAAUCCGUUCGGAUGGACAUGGACACGAAUUUAUUUUCAAAACUCUGGUGCAAAUCACUUAAACAUUUGAGCUGCAUGUGAACCCCGUGCGUGGUAUAGUUGAUUGUUUUUUUUUCCUAGACGAUAAUGAAACGAAAUGAUUCCCUGUGAUUUUAUUGAUAAUUAUUAUUAUCUACAUUAUAUAUUAUAUAUUGAAGGUAUAGAGUUUGAUGUACUGUAACUUUUACGUGUAGUUGCGAAAAGUUUCACACUAUUAUGAUUGCGAUGCGAGGGUUGUGUAGAAAGUGCAAUGUGUAGAUGUUCCGUGCGAUUAAAUGGAGCGUUGUUUUUAGGGGUUGGUGCGCCAAGAUGGCGGAAGAAACGCGCGGCCAUGAUGUUUAGACGGCGUGCGGUUGUUCUGCUGGGCGGCCCGAUAUUUUCGUGCGCAAUAUGUACAUAAUUAAAUGAAUGAUGAUUAAAUUAAAUAAAACAUAUUUGAAAAUA